CAAUGACACAACCACUGGCAGAAAAACUCGGUUGGGUCUGUGGCAACCAAGCCGCAGAACCUUUGGCAACUGAAAUUAUUGAAAUUUUACUAAAUCUGACCUGGAUACAGAACUGUAUCGGGCGACAAUAGAACGAUUUUUCGUUUUUGCACUUGGUGUUGUCUAUUCGGUCGGUACGGACAAAACUAAAGUAGUAACCAAGUAGUUAGUUAUUACAAAUAAUAUAGUUUUCGUUUAUUUUCGUGUGAAGAAAUGUCAGUCAGUCAGUGUACUCGGUAGAUUUUUACUCUUAGUAUAUUGACUUCGAAAUUUUGUUGCAGUUGAAGUGUAUUUAAGUGAAGUUUUUAAUGUGCUUAACAAGUAAUAUAUUAAGGAAGGAAACUUAAUAAUAUCUUGUUCGUGCGUGUUAUAAUGGAUGAUAGUGAUUCCAGCGAGUACAAGAAUAAACCAGAGCAUCCACGAGAAAAGUCCAAUUUUUUAGCCAAUUUAUUUUUUUGUUGGGGUCUUCCCAUCUUCUACAAGGGCUGGGUCAAAGAUUUCGGCGAAGAUGAUUUAUACCGACCGCUCAAAGAGCACGAGUCGCACCGGCUGGGCGACAAGUUGGAGGAGGAGUGGAAGCUGGAGAGGCUGCACCACGCCGAGCCCUUACUCUUAAGGGCGAUAUGGCGGAUGUUCAGGAUGGAGAUACUCACCUACGGGGGAGUCUUGUUCGUGCAGGAGUUUGUUUUAGGAAUGGUACAACCCUUAGCUCUAGGAAAACUGAUGAACUAUUACUCGCCCAAUCAAACAACAGUUUCAAUCCAACAAGCGUAUAUGUACGCUGGAGUUCUCAUAGUUUCCUCUUUCCUAUCAGUGGUAGUGAGCCACAGUUACAUGCUGGCAUGUCAUCAUCUAGGCAUGAAGAUGAGGAUAGCCUGUUGCUCAUUAAUAUACAGAAAAACUCUUAAAUUAAGUAAAACAGCCCUAACAGAAACAACUAUCGGUCAAAUGAUCAAUCUACUAUCCAACGAUGUUGCCAGAUUUGACCAUUGCAUGCGAUACCUCCACUAUUUGUGGAUAGCACCAUUAGAAACAAUUUUAAUCAUGUACCUGCUAUAUUUUAACGUAGGGCUUACUUCACUAUCUGGAUUUUUUCUACUGGCAAUCUUCAUGCCUUUACAAAUGGUAUUGGGUAAACUGGCUUCUAAAUUCCGAUUGAAGACAGCUAUAAAAACUGAUGAGAGAGUUAGAAAUAUGAGCGAGAUCAUUUGUGGAAUUCAAGUCAUCAAAAUGUAUAAUUGGGAGAGAUAUUUUUCUAAGAUUGUUGAAACUAUCAGGAAAUUAGAAAUCAAACAAGUCAGACUGGCUUCCUACAUCAGAGCACUGCACGUAUCCUUCAGCAAAUUCAUCACCAGAACUUCCAUUUUUCUUUGUAUUUUAACCUACACACUGACAGGGAACAGACCCAACGCCGAAUUUGUCUACGUCAUCCAAUCGUUCUACAACAUCAUCAAGGCAGCCUUGACCAAUAAUUUCCCUCAGGCAGUCUCAGAUCUGGCUGAAACUCUAGUUUCCGUGAAAAGAAUUGAAACCUAUUUACUUUUUCACGAAGUUAAAACUCCCCAGAUCAAACAAGUACAUAAAAAGAUCAUUCACGCAUCAACACCUUUGAUCAAUGCAGCUAGCAAGAAAUCUGUAGGAAUUUUCCUUCAUGAUGUCUCAGCAAAAUGGAACUGUAUGUUAAACGAGAAUACUUUGAACGAUAUUAACUUCAACAUCGGUCCAAAACAACUUGUUGCCGUUGUCGGUGCGGUAGGUUCAGGAAAAACUUCUUUGCUCCAUGUUAUCAUGAAAGAACUGUCCUUGACCAAAGGAGUUAAAGAUGUGGUAGGCCAAAUCUCUUACGCGUCUCAGGAACCAUGGUUAUUUGCUGGAACGGUGAAGCAAAAUAUUCUUUUUGGUGAACAGUGGGAUAGAAAACGAUACGAAAACGUUAUAAGAGUGUGUCAACUAGAGAAGGACUUUGAAUUAUUGUCAUACGGUGAUAGAAGUAUGAUUGGUGACAGAGGAGUGACAUUGAGUGGCGGACAGAAAGCUAGAAUCAAUUUGGCUAGAGCUGUUUACAAACAAGCUGAUAUAUAUUUGUUGGAUGAUCCUCUUUCAGCGGUGGAUACUCACGUUGGGAAGAAGUUAUUCGAGGAGUGCAUUGUUGGGUUUUUGAGAAACAAAUGUACUGUGUUGGUAACCCAUCAGCUUCAGUAUUUGAAGACUGUGAGCAAGAUUUAUGUUAUGAACAGCGGGAAAAUUACUAAUAGUGGAACUUAUCAGGAAAUUCGUAAUUCGGAUGGAGAAUUUUCAAAACUGUUUAAAGAUCAUGUCCUGGAGGAAAGUGAGGAUUAUACAGAUACACAGAGCAACAAGUCUGGAUACUUAUGCGAUCAGUCUGAGGAUGAACCGUCAGAAAUCAAAGAAACUAGAGAGACGGGUUCUAUAGCUAGCAGGGUAUACAAAGCCUACUUCAAAGCAACCGGGGGAUGGUGUUGCGCCAUCUUUGUUUUGGCUUUGUUCGUCAUCACCCAGGCAGCGUCCAGCUCAGCAGAUUACUUCAUUAAGUUCUGGGUAAAUCUGGAACAGACUCGUUCAGAAAGGAAUUCCAAAAACGAUCCUCUGUCUAAAUCUUACUCUGAUGAAAUUUACCUGGAAGAAAACUACAACAAAAUCAUAUCCACAGGAAUUAAGGAUGACAGAAGCAAAAUCGACUUAUUUUUCACCACAGAUAUGUGUUUUUAUAUCUAUUCGACCAUUAUCGUGUCAGUUAUUGUCUUGACAAUUACCAGAUCUGUAACGUUCUAUCAGUACUGCAUGUCAGCUUCUGUCAAGAUGCAUAACAACAUGUUUAACAGAGUAAUCAAUGCCACAAUGAGGUUUUUCAAUACAAAUUGUUCCGGAAGAAUUUUGAACAGAUUCUCCAAAGAUAUGGGUGCUAUUGAUGAGAAGCUACCUUAUGUUCUUAUAGAUACUAUACAGAUAGCCCUCAACGUUUUAGCGGUCAACUUUGUCAUAGCUUCUGUGGAUCCAUGGAUAAUUAUACCAACCUGCGUCAUUGCAUCUCUGUUUUAUUUUUAUCGUACUGUUUUCUUGAGAACCAGCAGAAAUAUCAAGAGGAUCGAAGCAACAACUAGAAGUCCGGUAUUUUCUCACAUAAACGCCUCCCUGCAAGGACUGACCACGAUAAGGGCUUUCGGAGCGCAGGAUAUCCUUAGGGAUGAGUUCGACACCUACCAGGAUGUGCACAGUUCGGCGUUCUACAUGUUCCUGUGCUGCAACCAAACCUUCGGAUUCUGGCUGGACUUCCACUGUAUUAUUUACGCUGCUUUGGUCACCCUGAGCUUCUUUUUUAUGGGAAACGAAACCUAUGGCGGUAACGUUGGUCUAGCCAUAACGCAAGCAAUGAGUUUGACAGGGAUGUUCCAGUGGGGUAUGAGGCAGUGGAGUGAACUGGAGAAUCACAUGACUUCAGUGGAGAGAGUAGUAGAAUACACUUACAUUGAACAAGAGGUGAAGGGAGAUGAACAAGAGCCACCAAAAACAUGGCCGGAACACGGACUUUUAGAAUUCAAAUCGGUAUACUUAAGAUAUGCUACUAAUGAGCCCUACGUUCUGAACAACUUAACCUUCAAAAUCAAACCAAGGGAAAAAGUUGGUAUUGUGGGCAGAACCGGUGCUGGAAAAUCCUCCAUUAUUUCUGCUCUAUUCCGAUUGGCUCACGUGGAAGGCAAGAUCCUGAUUGACGGGUUUUGUACCAAGGAUAUUCCGUUGAAGAAUAUGCGGUCGAAGAUAUCUAUUAUACCACAAGAACCAGUCAUAUUCUCAGGUACAUUAAGAACAAACUUGGAUCCUUUCAACGAGUACGACGACAAACACCUCUGGAACGCUCUGGAAGAAGUGGAACUCAAAGAGGCAGUGUCGGAGCUCAGGGGAGGUCUAGACAGCAAAAUGUCGGAGGGAGGAGUCAAUUUCAGUUUGGGCCAGAGGCAACUGAUCUGUCUGGCCAGGGCUAUAGUCAGGAACAACAAAAUAUUGGUUCUGGAUGAGGCCACUGCCAAUGUGGAUCCGAAAACUGAUUCCUUGAUACAGAGUACCAUAAGGAGGAAGUUUGCGGAUUGUACUGUGUUGACGAUAGCUCACAGGUUACACACUGUAAUGGAUUCCGACAAAGUAUUAGUUAUGGAUGCUGGCGAAGCAAUAGAGUUCGAUCAUCCUCAUAUUUUACUUCAGAACCAACUUGGAAUUUUCUAUGGUUUGGUCAAGGAAACUGGCAAGUCUACCUUUGAACAUCUGUCAAAUAUAGCGAAAACGAGUUAUCAGAGGUUACAGGAAGAUAGAUAGUAAAAAGAAAAAAUAAAAUACCAGGAUCCUACUCAGGAAAAUAAUGAAACUGUUAUUAAGGAACCCCAGGUCAUACUUACAAGAAAAAAAAAGAGAAAAAAGGUCCAAGCUCUAUAAAAAAGGAUAUUGGUAGAAAGAGUAACAAUCAAUCUACAAAUCGUCGAAAAUAUGAUAUUUUUAAAUAUAGUACGUUAUAAAUUUUAAGGUACAAAUAAUUUAUUUUUUUAUUAUUAUUAAUUAAGUAGAAUAAUAUAUUUGCUGUAGGUAAGAUUAGGAAAAAAAUAUUAUACAGAUUCAAAUAUAAAAUUUUAUAUUUUUUGUUCGUCUAAGAAACGUUGUUUUCUAGUUUUAUCUGUUUUAUUGUUUUUAUUUUGUAUUAUUUAUAAAUUAGUUUGUUUUAAUGUAAUUACUAAAUAAAUUGCUGUUUUUAA